CUUUCUUCUCUAUACUCUGCUACAAGAGACUCGCCAGUUACAUGACCAAAUGUUUUUUUCUAUCUUAUAAGGACUGGUUUUAAUUGGGGAAAAAAAGGAAACUAUAUUUUUGUUCGAUUUCUCAUGAACGAUACCGUUUUGAUUCAAAAAGUCACAUUUGAUGGUGUUGGGUAUCUAAAAGAUGUUUGCUUUAUUGACCAACAUGUAUGCGGCCCAGUUGCAGGAUGUCCAUUUCCCUCCAAAGUCCAAACCGAUUUCUUCGACCUCCCUGUAAAAGUUACCAUCUUGAGCCGCCAUUGAGAGACCCGGUGAGGAGUCGGGCAGAGAACUCACGCAUCGUGACUCGUCUAUCGAGGUCGAUGGAGGUUGGUGGCUUGGAUUCUGAUGGAAAGGAAUUUAAGAACGCACAAGAGAUGUGGAGAGAGCAGGUUGGUGAAGAAGGAGACGAGAACAAGAAGACCCAGUGGUAUAGUGAUGGUGUUGCCUAUUGGGAAGCUGUGGAGCCAUCGGUAGAUGGGGUCUUGGGCGGGUUUGGGCAUGUGAAUGACGCUGAUAUAAAGGGUAGUGAAGCUUUUCUCAAGACGCUUUUGCAUGAAAGAUUGACUGAUUGUGGAGGAGAUCAGCAUCUUGUUGCUCUUGAUUGUGGUUCUGGUAUUGGGAGAAUCACCAAGAAUCUUCUCAUAAGAUAUUUUAAUGAGGUUGAUCUUCUUGAACCUGUUUCACAUUUCUUGGAUGCUGCCCGUGACCAUUUGGCUCCUGGAAAUCCUAUGGCAUCUGAUACGCAUCAGGCCAUGAACUUCAUCUGUUUGCCCCUUCAGGAAUUUACACCAGCUGCUGGAAGAUAUGAUGUUAUAUGGGUUCAAUGGUGCAUUGGGCAUCUCACUGAUGAUGAUUUUUUAUCUUUCUUCAAAAGAGCAAAGGCUGGUCUCAAACCUGGUGGUUUUUUUAUCUUGAAGGAAAACAUUGCAAGAAAUGGAUUUGUUUUAGACAAAGAAGAUCGGAGCAUCACAAGGUCCGAUGCAUAUUUUAAGGAGCUCUUUCAUCGCUGUGGUCUACAUCUCUACAAAUCAAAGGAUCAGAAGGGAUUUCCCGAGGAAUUAUUUGCGGUGAAGAUGUAUGCUUUGACAACAGAUAUGCCAAAGAAACUUCAAAAGAACAGAUCCAAAGUGAAAAGCAACAGGCCUGGCGUUAUAAAAUAAGGUUUUGCCCAUCGAGUAUCAUGCAAUUGCUGUAGAGUACAGUUUUCCUUUGGAACAGAAACCCGUAUUAUUUGACAAACAGGGUGAUUUAUUUCAGAGUCGUAAACUCUAAUUUGCUUCUGAAUGUAUCGUCAUCUACCAGCCAUUCUGUUUUCUUAAUCUACACGGAUUGCUUCAGUCAGCUAGCAAGUGUACAGUAAAUUUUGUGAACAACAUUCUGGAUUGCAGUUUCCUUUUGAGUUCCUGAGUUAGACAGGAAAUGUUGCUCCUAAACAAAAGCAAACAAAGAUUUUACUCAA